AAAAGCUGGCCAAAGGUCUCCGCUCCUCACUCCCACUCCGAGGGUCCUCUCUCUGAGCUCAGGUGAUCGGCGAUGGAGGGUCCCGUGGUGGUGAUCAACAACCCGGCGGACAUCUCCGUCAUCGUGGGAUACUUCGCGGCGGUCAUCGGCGUGGGCGUUUGGGCCAUGCUUCGCAGCAACCGCGGGACUGUGGGAGGAUAUUUCCUGGCGGGGCGCACCAUGACCUGGUGGCCGGUCGGAGCGUCUCUUUUUGCCAGCAACAUUGGCAGCGGUCACUUCGUUGGCCUGGCGGGCACCGGGGCAGCCAGUGGCAUCGCCGUGGGGGGGUUCGAGUGGAACGCUCUGUUCAUCGUGCUGCUGCUGGGCUGGUUGUUCGUACCUGUCUACCUCACCGCGGGGGUCAUCACCAUGCCCCAGUACCUGAAGAAGAGGUUCGGGGGGACCAGGAUCAGCCUCUACCUCACCGUCAUCUCGCUGUUCCUCUACAUCUUCACCAAGAUCUCAGUGGACAUGUUUUCUGGGGCCGUGUUCAUCCAGCAGGCUUUAGGGUGGAACAUCUACGUGGCCGUCAUCACCCUUCUCUUGAUAACGGCCUUGUACACCAUCACAGGUGGCCUGGCUGCUCUGAUGUACACUGACACCGUUCAGACCUUCGUCAUCAUUGCCGGGGCCUUCGUCCUCACCGGUUUCUCUUUCGCUGAAGUAGGAGGCUACAGCGCUCUGCUGGCCAAAUACCACGCCGCCACGCCCAGUAACGUCUCCUCCAUGGAGCCCCAGCGCUACAACAUCUCCCCCAGCUGCUACACGCCGAGAGGGGACGCCUUCAGCCUGCUGAGGGACGCCACCACCGGGGACCUGCCCUGGCCCGGCGUGCUUUUUGGGAUCGCCAUAGUGGGAGGCUGGUACUGGUGCACGGACCAGGUCAUCGUGCAGCGGUGCCUCGCGGCUCGCGACCUGACGCACGUGAAGGCCGGCUGCAUCAUGUGUGGCUACCUCAAGCUGCUGCCCAUGUUCCUCAUGGUGUUCCCCGGCAUGAUCAGCAGGGUCCUCUACCCAGAUGAGGUCGGCUGCGUUGUGCCCGAGGUGUGUAAGAGGGUGUGUGGGACUGCGGUCGGCUGCUCCAACAUCGCGUAUCCCAAACUGGUGGUGUCCAUCAUGCCGAAUGGUCUGCGAGGUCUGAUGCUGGCCGUGAUGCUGGCCGCCCUCAUGUCGUCCUUGGCCUCCAUCUUUAACAGCAGCAGCACGCUGUUCACACUGGACAUCUGGACCCGCCUCAGGCCACAGGCCGCCGAGCGCGAGCUCCUCAUCGUGGGCAGGGUCUGGGUUCUGAUCAUCGUGUGCGUCAGCAUCUGCUGGAUCCCGGUGGUGCAGGCGGCUCAGAGCGGUCAGCUGUUCGAUUACAUCCAAUCGGUGUCGAGCUAUCUGGCGCCGCCCAUCGCCUCGGUCUUCUUCCUGGCUGUGUUUGUCAAGCGGGUCAAUGAACAGGGUGCGUUCUGGGGCCUGAUUGGCGGCCUGUUGAUGGGCCUGUGCCGCAUGCUGCCCGAGUUCUGGUUCGGUUCUGGCAGCUGCGUCUUCCCCUCCACCUGCCCGUACCUGGUGUGCGGGGUCCACUACCUCCACUUCGCCAUCGUACUCUUCUUCUGCACCUCCGUGCUGGUGCUGGUGGUCAGCUGCUGCACCCGGCCCAUAGAGGACAAACACCUCCACCGUCUGGUGUUCAGCCUCCGUCACUCCAAGGAGGAGAGGAUGGAUUUGGACUGGGAGCAGGAGGAGAACGGGAGGAGAGCCCGCAGGGAGGCUGAGGAGAGGUGGAUGGCGAGCAAGGACUCGGCGGCUGAGGAGUCCUGUGUCGGUCGGUUUUGCGGCGGCGGCUCCCAGGCACACGAAGAGGCGGCGCCCGAGGCACCGGAGAAGCUGCCCGACAUCAGCGAGGAGCCGGCGUGGAGGCACGUGGUGGACGUCAACGCUCUGAUCAUGAUGGCCGCGGCGGUGUUCAUGUGGGGUUAUUACGCUUAAUCCCUGCGGAUCAGAGACGUCACGAUGAAGUGUUGCAGCGUGGGCGUGUGUGUGUAAUGCAGCCUGAAGACGUUUGAUCCGGUUGCCAUGACGUUACUGUAUACGGUUACACGUUGAUUCAAUGACCCACUGCCUGCACUGAAAAAAAAGCGAGAAGACGCAAUAAAAGUAUCAUUUGGAAGUCGGGUAAACUCAAUAAAGUCUCAAGUUGCCCCAAGAAGUUUUCAAAGCCUUUGGUCUUUGGCUCAAGAAAUCAAUGAGUCGCUUUGUUAUUCCAUCAGGACGUAAUCUAGUCUUUAAGGUAUUUGAUGAUUACAUCUUAUAUGAAGUCCUACUUUCUCUCAUCUUUGACACGUGAUUAAAGUGAUUAAAUCAAUCACUGUCAGAUGAUCAAAGCCUUCAUUAUCUUAUCACACACCACACAGACCAGGUAGCGAUUCAGAUUUCCAGUUUUAAUCAUCACUUUUUUUUAUUUAAGCAGAUAUUUCCCAUUAGCAUUGUACAUGUCUGGAACCUACAGAGUUCUCCCAUGAAUACCCAACUACCUUCCCACCUCCAUGCAGAGUUUCAGCAUCAUUCAUCACAUCAGCUCUUUAAUGUCCAGUCUGUCGGCUUGCGGGGGAGGGAGGGGGGGGGGAGGUUAUUCCUAGAGCCGUCAGCAGGCACUGUUCAUGUUCAUUCCACAGAGUUAUGGGUGCAUCCAGGAGAGUUGGAUGGAAUCUAAUCGAGCAUUCUGAAAUCCAGUCACCUACAAG